AGGAACGUUCCCGCGGAUGGGUAUGGCGGUGAGCUUUGACUGAGAGCUUCGUCGCCGCAGGAGGAGGCCUAGAGGGGUUUUUGCCUUUCACGGUGCAACGCUGCCCUAGUGGCAAAUGUAUCAUCGUAGCUAGGCACCUAUGUUUAAAUGUAAUGUUUGAGGCUGACUGAAUCCUCACGAAUACCCUCUACCCAGGACAAAAACCUUAACAAAAAAUGGCUUCUACCAUUUCCACCCUGGUGUUCUCUAUUGCGCCCAGGGGAUUUCUCUAUUGCGCGGCCGGUGAUGCUGCUUUCUAAAGGUUUUGAUGAAUAUUUCGCUCUUUUCCCAUACAGAAAUGAGUUCAGUAUGUUGUUAAAUGUUGGCUAAUUGGCGGUUAUUGAAAACGGGGAUUUAGCUGAGGGAAAUCUGUUAAGUUUUCAUAUGGCUUUGUGUGAGGUGGGAGUGAGCACUCGCUCCUCACUGACCUCGCUGCGGAUGUCUGGGCACCGUACAGUAGGGGCCUUCACCAAGCAAAGUCCAUCCAUGCCACAAAAGCCUCUAUUUUUUUCUUUUUUAAAAAAAGUAAUUAUUGAGGUGAAAUUCACAUAUAAAAUUAACCAUUUUAAAGUGUACAGUCCACUGGCACUUAGUACAUUCACAAUCGUGUGCAGCUGUCACCUCUGAUUCCAAGAAGUUUCACCACUCCAAAAGGAACCCCAAUGCCCGUUAGCAAUCCCUCCCCAUUUCUCGCCCUCUCUCCAGAUUCAAGUGAUCACUAUUCUACUCAAAAAGCCCUGCAUUUAAAGAAUUGUUGGCACCUGGAUGGUAAAUCUUCAAGUUACUGUGAAACAAGAUCACAAACCAAAAAGUAACAUAGGAAAUACUAAAGACUGGAAUAUUUUAUCAGAUUUUACUCAGUUUCAUAUACAGAAGGAUAUAGGACUGUUUUGACGGAUUCUAAAUGACAACUUUUAAAUCAGAGCCUUGAAAUCUACAGAAGUCCAAUAUAUACUGAGGUAAUUUGCAUAUUCUAAUGAGGAGGAGCAAGAGACACAUCUGGUAGACAUAAAAGACCUAAUGAAAAUUAAAAGACACGGCCGGGCGCAGUGGCUCACGCCUGUAAUCCCAGCACUUUGGGAGGCCGAGUUGGGCGGAUCACGAGGUCAAGAGAUCGAGACCAUUCUGGCCAACAUGGUGAAACCCCGUCUCUACUAAAAGUACAAAAAUUAGCUGGGCGUGGUGGCGCUCGCCUGUAGUCCCAGCUACUCGGGAGGCUGAGGCAGGAGAAUUGCUUGAACCCGGGAGGCGGAGGUUGCAGUGAGCCGAGAUGCGCCCCUGCAUUCCAGCCUGGCUACAGGGCGAGGCUCUGUCUCAAAAAAGGAAAAAAAAAAAGAAAAUUAAAAGACACAUUUGGAACAACUGGAACAAAGGGAAUGUGGAAAUGAAAGAGAGAGGGAGAGAGAGGCUGGCAGAUGUAAUGAGACGCGGUGAAGGUGUACGCAGACUGGCACUCCCACUCCUCCCUUCUGCUCUCACUGCAGCCCUGGGUAACUCGCAGGCUAACACAAACAGCUUUUCUCCCGCAGCCUGCCCUCUGUCACUAAGAAUGUCUUCCAAGCAAGCCACCUCUCCAUUUGCCUGUGCAGCUGAUGGAGAGGAUGCCAUGACCCAGGAUUUAACCUCAAGGGAAAAGGAAGAUGGCAGUGAUCAACAUGUGGCCUCCCAUCUGCCUCUGCACCCCAUAAUGCACAACAAACCUCACUCUGAGGAGCUACCAACACUUGUCAAUACCAUUCAACAAGAUGCUGACUGGGACAGCGUUCUGUCAUCUCAGCAAAGAAUGGAAUCAGAGAAUAAUAAGUUAUGUUCCCUAUAUUCCUUCCGAAAUACCUCUACCUCACCACAUAAGCCUGACGAAGGGAGUCGGGACCGCGAGAUAAUGACCAGUGUUACUUUUGGAACCCCAGAACGCCGCAAAGGGAGUCUUGCCGAUGUGGUGGACACACUGAAGCAGAAGAAGCUGGAGGAAAUGACUCGGACUGAACAAGAGGAUUCCUCCUGCAUGGAAAAACUACUUUCAAAAGAUUGGAAGGAAAAAAUGGAAAGACUAAAUACCAGUGAACUUCUUGGAGAAAUUAAAGGCACACCUGAGAGCCUGGCAGAAAAAGAACGGCAGCUCUCCACCAUGAUUACCCAGCUGAUCAGUUUACGGGAGCAGCUACUGGCAGCGCAUGAUGAGCAGAAAAAACUGGCAGCCUCACAAAUUGAGAAACAACGGCAGCAAAUGGACCUUGCUCGCCAACAGCAAGAACAGAUUGCGAGACAACAGCAGCAACUUCUGCAACAGCAGCACAAAAUUAAUCUCCUGCAGCAACAGAUCCAGGUUCAGGGUCACAUGCCUCCGCUCAUGAUCCCAAUUUUUCCACAUGACCAGCGGACCCUGGCAGCAGCUGCUGCUGCCCAACAAGGAUUCCUCUUCCCCCCUGGAAUAACAUACAAACCAGGUGAUAACUACCCCGUACAGUUCAUUCCAUCAACAAUGGCAGCUGCUGCUGCUUCUGGACUCAGCCCUUUACAGCUCCAGCAGCUCUAUGCCGCUCAGCUGGCCAGCAUGCAGGUGUCACCUGGAGCAAAGAUGCCAUCAACUCCACAGCCACCAAACACAGCAGGGACGGUCUCACCUACUGGGAUAAAAAAUGAAAAGAGAGGGACCAGCCCUGUAACUCAAGUUAAGGAUGAAGCAGCAGCACAGCCUCUGAAUCUCUCAUCCCGACCCAAGACAGCAGAGCCUGUAAAGUCCCCAACGUCUCCCACCCAGAACCUCUUCCCAGCCAGCAAAACCAGCCCUGUCAAUCUGCCAAACAAAAGCAGCAUCCCUAGCCCCAUUGGAGGAAGCCUGGGAAGAGGAUCCUCUUUAGGUAAAUGGAAAAGUCAACACCAGGAAGAGACUUACGAAUUAGAUAUCCUAUCUAGUCUCAACUCCCCUGCCCUCUUUGGGGAUCAGGAUACAGUGAUGAAAGCCAUUCAGGAGGCGCGGAAGAUGCGAGAGCAGAUCCAGCGGGAGCAACAGCAGCAACAGCCACAUGGUGUUGACGGGAAACUGUCCUCCAUAAAUAAUAUGGGGCUGAACAACUGCAGGAAUGAAAAGGAAAGAACGCGCUUUGAGAAUUUGGGGCCCCAGUUAACGGGAAAGUCAAAUGAAGAUGGAAAACUGGGCCCAGGUGUCAUCGACCUUACUCGGCCAGAAGAUGCAGAGGGAAGUAAAGCAAUGAAUGGCUCUGCAGCUAAACUACAGCAGUAUUAUUGUUGGCCAACAGGAGGUGCCACUGUGGCUGAAGCACGAGUCUACAGGGACGCCCGCGGCCGUGCCAGCAGCGAGCCACACAUCAAGCGACCAAUGAAUGCAUUCAUGGUUUGGGCAAAGGAUGAGAGGAGAAAAAUCCUUCAGGCCUUCCCCGACAUGCAUAACUCCAACAUUAGCAAAAUCUUAGGAUCUCGCUGGAAAUCAAUGUCCAACCAGGAGAAGCAACCUUAUUAUGAAGAGCAGGCCCGGCUAAGCAAGAUCCACUUGGAGAAGUACCCAAACUAUAAAUACAAACCCCGACCGAAACGCACCUGCAUUGUUGAUGGCAAAAAGCUUAGGAUUGGGGAGUAUAAGCAACUGAUGAGGUCUCGGAGACAGGAGAUGAGGCAGUUCUUUACUGUGGGGCAACAGCCUCAGAUUCCAAUCACCACAGGAACAGGUGUUGUGUAUCCUGGUGCUAUCACUAUGGCAACUACCACACCAUCGCCUCAGAUGACAUCUGACUGCUCUAGCACCUCGGCUAGCCCGGAGCCCAGCCUCCCGGUCAUCCAGAGCACUUAUGGUAUGAAGACAGAUGGCGGAAGCCUAGCUGGAAAUGAAAUGAUUAAUGGAGAGGAUGAAAUGGAAAUGUAUGACGACUAUGAAGAUGACCCCAAAUCAGACUAUAGCAGUGAAAACGAAGCCCCGGAGGCUGUCAGUGCCAACUGAGGAGUUUUUGUUUGCUGAAUUAAAGUACUCUGACAUUUCACCCUUCACACCCGUCCCCAACAAGAAGUUAUUAAAGAGCCCGCAUGCAUUUGUGGCUCCACAAUUACAUCAGCAGAAUGGUCUUAAUUGUUUCGUAAAGUGUGAGACAGAUUAAGUUUUCCCUGAUUUUUCAUGAACUUGAGUUUUUUGUUGUUAUUGUUAUUGUUGUUGUUGUUUUUUUAAUUUAGGUGAAGACAUAUUAAAUAUGAGACACCAGGACUUGAAACUUAUCUCAACCCGUAGAUGUCUUACAAGUCUUAUAUUUUUGUCUUACUUUUUGUUUCUUUUGGAUGUUGAUAAAGGUUUAAGUUACUGUUUUAGAUGGGGUUAAACAUUCUCACUCAGGUAUGCUGUGCCGGCCUACAGGUUGUGAAUGUGUUUUUAUUCUGAAUUAUUUUAGAAAACAACUGAGGAUUUCAUAUUGUGAAACAGAACAAGUCCACGGCGUGUGCAGCUGCAUGUAGAGCAUAUUCAAAAGGCCUCGGAAUUCCAAUUUUCCAUGUGUAGAGUUAAACUUUGAAUGUGCCAAACUUUUUCAUAACUUUUCAAUCUUAAUAUUUUGAAAGUCUUAAAGGAGACACUGCAAAGUCUUAGACAAUCUUUGGCAUCUUAAAAUAAAAUAGCAAACCAACAUUUUUUUUCCAGAAAAUGAUAAAGUACUCAGGAAUCUGGAGACAAGAUAUUGUAAGGAAUGAACAAGGUUGCCACAGUGCAUGGACCCAAUUGUGUUUGCCUGUUGACGUGCCAUCAGUGCGUGAUGUGGUAUGACAUACACACAGCAGAGCGACCGCCACACCAGAUAUCGACAGAGUGGUCUUCUCUGCCUGAGACCACCUCUCACUACAUCCAUUAUCCCUUUGCCUUUAACCCUGACAUUCAGUCUUAACACAUUUUCUCUUAAAUAAUUUAUUCAUUCCAGAAUGUCAAGGGUCCACUUACUAUUUAUUUUUUUUCAAUUGUUGGUGGCAUUAAUUUAAUAAUUCUUGUUUUUCACCUUCCUUCCCCAAAGAACUUUUCAGUCCUUUUCACCUCCUUCUCCUGUGUACAUAGUGAUUUUAUGUCCCCAGAACGCCUGGAAGCAUUUCUGAAACCAAGGUAUUAUUAAAAACCUAUUAUUGUUUUUAAUCAUGAGUAUAUAUCUGGCUGCAGGGCUGUGUAUUGGGAUAUAGGUAUAUAGUCUUACACUUAAACAGGUAUGCCCCUGAGGUUCACUGUGACCUCAAGUCUUUUGCCAGAAUUUUCCCCUAAUUCAGUUCACAAGUGGUAAGGUCUGCAUCAGUGGCAUUUCCCCCUGAAUUCCAUUCAGCAGUAAGGGUCAACAGUGGUGACUGCCAGGCAAGAGAGUCCUGCGGCCAAACCUGAAGCCCAAGGCUUGUGGGCCAUGCAGGAAUCUCAGUGAAGCUGUCAUGGCGUGGCACCUUUACACUGAGUUGCCUUGUCCCAGCUGGCACAUCCAGGGAGUUCAUUGCAAAAUCCCCAGGAUGCAAAAAGCCACAUGACAGCCUCAGAGCAAAGAUGGUGGCAAAUAGUCAUGAUACAUCUAGAGAAUGAAAGAAAACCGUAACAGAGGAGAAGGAGGGGAAUAUAUCCCCUAUAUGGGAUGUUCCUACUGUUAACUCUGGGGAACAGAUAGCUCCGGGGGCAGCAGAUGAGUUCCUCUGGCUGACUCUGUAUCUGUGGCCACAUGGGGACAUGCCUACAUGUGAACAAGAUGAACUGCACUUGUCACACAAAGAUUUCUUUGGAGACAUGCUGCUGGGGUGGGAAGCAGUGAGGUUUUAUUCUCCAUCUCCUAACUACAGGGAGCUCUGCCAUGCCAUUUCGCCCUUCCUGAAACCAGGACAAGUUGUCUACUGGGGGGCUUCCCCCAGAGAGGUUUAGUGGGAGAAUGUCAGUGAAUGGGAUAGUUCACCUCAUGGGACAACCCAGAAUCUGAUCACCAAGACAUAGGAACGGCCCCAUCAGAUUUCUUGAGCCAUUUUGUCACUUGGAAGAAAAUAGUGUACCUUUGUAUUUAUUUGAGAGUGCUCAAGGCCUAAUAGCAAUAAACAGGUCUAGCCAAGAAAUUACCAGCUAUUCCGUUAGCUGGGAGUACUCUCUAUAAGCUGAUUAAGGUACUGAUAGGAACUCUUUGUUAUUCAUGUUGGUUGGGGAUUAGAAAUUUGUUUUUGUACAUUUAUUUCAAAUGAGGAGGAGGUCGUUUUUUCUCUCAAAAAAUGAGUAUUUAUUAUUGUCUUACUGAUUUCUUUGAUUAUAUACCUCUCCUCCUCGGUUCACUCUUUUUUUUUUUUUCUUUCUCUUUGGCUUUGCUUUUGCUCUCUCUCACUUCUUUCUUAUUUUGUUGCAUUGGUAGAGUGUUGUAUGGCUAGCAUUGUAUUGUAUGUAAUUAAUUUUGCACAAAAGCAAACAUUUAGCAUAGUAGGUUAAUUUUGUUUGUUUUUAUGACCAUGCCAAAAUAAUAUUCUGGGCUGGUGGAGAACAAAGGACUGUUCUUUAGGACUGAAACUUGAUUUUGCUCAUAGUAAGUAAAAAAAAAAAACAAAAAACACACACACUCACAGAUGUUGUUUCGUAAGUGUUAUAAGCACUGGAUAUAAAUGGUAUUUUUUAUCACUUCUGACUAAUGUGAAACUGUUGUACGAAAACUACAUGAACAAAAGUCAUCUGUUUCGACUCGUGUGGGCUUGCCUCACAGUUGCCAGAUUUGAGUCAUUUUUAUGUCUUGUUAUUUCAUUUAUUUAUGCAAAAUACAUGUGUGUAUGAACACUUUGUUUUAGCUCCAGCUCUGCCUCAGUACUGGGGUUCAGUUACUUUUAGCCAUGUUCUUAAAAAUGAAAGGCUAUUCAGGAAUGAUCUGAUUGUAAACGUCUCUUUCAUUGGAUCAAACAGUAAUGCUGUAUUUGAAUCUAAAUUUUGUGUAUAAGCAGUUUAUUUAUUAGCCAAGUUUGGCUCUAAAUAUCCAUGGAAAUUAAGAAUGACAAUCAUAGGGAUCACUUCAUUUUAUUUUCAGUGGGGCUUAAACAAAGUUUUUAUGACUUUACCAUCUCAUUUUAGAUUUUUCUAAUUGUGUAAAUAUAACAUAGAAAUAGAAUUUAUUUUUGGUUCAUGAAUACUUGGUGAGAUAUAAGUUAUGUAUUUCCUUUUUGUUCUCUAUCCAUAGAUGUUGGUCCAAACUGAAAGUUGAUGAGUCACUGUGCCUCUCGGGGUAGUGAGUUAUCAGCUACAGUGAGAGAGCAGUGUUUGGCCUGCAGCUGGGACAGCAAAAUGCUUCACCAGGGUUCUCAUGCAGUUCAGAACCCACUGUCCACAGAUCCAGACAUUUCCCUUUUUUCUUACAGAAAGUUGAUGAUUGGACAUACUAAAUUUCCACUACGGUUAGGAGACAGUCAGUUUGCUUUGUGAGUCCACAUAAAUCUUCUAAGAUAGUUCUGUCACCAUUUAAUAGCAAGAAGCAUGAAUGCCACUACAAAGGCAAAAAUCCACCUCUGAGAUUGGCCAUUAAUAAAAGUCCCACCAUGUCAGUUUAGAUUCAAGAAUGUUAAGCAACUUUGUUUUUGCAGUGCUUCCUAUUUCAUAGUAUUGUCAAAUCAAAGAUAAAAAUUAUCUCUAUUUUGUUAAAGAACUUACAGGGUCAGGGUUCUCCUUGUCACUUAAAAUUGGGACACUGUCAGACAAUCCUCUCCAAAAAAAAAAAAAAAUAGCCAUAUGGAUUGGAAGGAAAAGGAGAAAAGAAGGAAGAAAGGAAAAAAAGUAGGAAGGGAGAGAGAAAGAAAAGGUCACUUUGCGGAUAUGAGCCGCCAGGCUGACAACUUUUCUAUUACAUUGGCAGAUAUGAAGCAGUGUCUUUUCCAGUAAGGUACGGAAGCUUUGUUGUUUUCACGUGUACCCAGCUCAGCCUUUUAGAAGCACAUCGGUUUGCUUCAUUAGGUAUUUGAUACUCUCCAGCCUUGUCCUCAGGCCUGAUUUGAUUUGCCAGGGUCCUGACACCAAAGCCCAGGCCAAGUUCUAAAUUCAGGUGUGGGCUCACAGUGCUAUUGAGCUUGUCAAAUUCUGGCCUCCCCUGAACAUUAGCCCCACGGGAGCCUGAGGGUGUUUGAAAAGGGCGUGAUCACUCUAGGGCUGAAAUUAAAGGCUGCUUUCUUUUCCUUCUGAAGCCAGGCUGCUUCUUCGGAGCACACCCUCCUGAGCCAGGAGCACAGGCACUAGCUGAAAGCAGGGAUUGUUUCAGGAAAGCCCAUUUACCCUCAGUAGGAAGGCAGCCUGGUCACUUGAACAGCACAGCUGAGGCUGCUUCUCUCAAUUUACUCAUUUUGCAAAGAAUUGACCUCUACCAACUCAUUAGGGAGAGGAAAAAGAAUCACUUAGUAAUUUUAAAUCAUAUGAGAAGUCCUGUACCAAGUGCCAACAACUGCAAAGAAAUGCAGCUAGAGGAAUGUAUUGAAAUUAUUACUGGGUCUUCCUUUUUAAUGAGAAAAUGACAAAAAUGGUUGCUGUAGCCCUGCCUGAUUUUGUACACGUUUGUCUAAGAAUUGAGUUGGCACUUAAGCUCACUUCUCAAAGUAUAAUAAUAUUGUAUGACCUCAUUUGUCCUUUCACAAAAGCACUUGCAUCAUUUCCUUAAGUCAUCUGCUCCCUGACAUGUUUUCUUCCCUAAUAAACAACUUCUGUCUGUUAUUCCUGCCAAUGAUGUCCUGUUUCUGAUGCCAUAUCCUAUUGAGCGUGCCCCUGUACUAAUAUCAUCGAAAAUAUUGAUAUGCAAACACAUUUCCUUUUCAUCCCCAUUCUAUCUUUCCCUUUGGGGACAGAUUGCUUUCCAAAAGCUCAUGAACAAGUAUUGGAAUGCUGGUACCUUUGGGGCAGAGGUAAGGGUGGGUGGGGUGGGGGCAGAAAGGUAAUGCUUAAUGCAGAUAACUCUUCUAAUAGUGUCCGUGGCAAUAUGAACGCUUGAAGAAAACUCAGUGACAUAUCUUGCUCAGUAGUUUCUUAUUCCUGAAGAACCACAAGCAUAAAGUGAGGCCUCAGUGCUGGUGCUCUUGGAGUAUGGGGAAUGUGCAAAUAUUUAACUGUUUUGUAUGCUGCACAUUGCAGGUCUGCUCAUGUGCAUUCUCCCUUUGUCUUCCUUUGUCAUAUGUGUUUUUGCUUUUUUGAAAGUGCAGUCUUUAUUGUACCCUCCUCCAGCUUGUAGCAAAUUAGAAUGCUUAGCAUUUAUGUUCAUUCAUUAUUGUAUUUGCCAUGUAAAGUUUUUAUUACCUUAGACAAGCUUAUAAGCUGUUACUACAUAACUUAUCUUACUGUAACUCUUUUAUUUCCCCCGACGUUGUAAUUUGUUUGUGAUGUAUAUUGUGAAAUUGUAUUCUAUGUUAAUUUAAUCAGCACAAUUCACUGACAUGCUGGACUGACAUGCUGGCUGCUGUUUCAAAGUGUAAAGUUUGUGUAUGGCUGUUGGGACAACUGCAACUCUGUUGUCAAGGUACUGUGCUUUGGUUCCUAUAGCAACACUGGGUGUGGCCCUUGAAUUGCUAAGGGCAUUUAAUACAUCCUGGAGCAAAUUUUAACUGCAGAUUUUCUUUGUAGAAAUUCUAUGUAUAAUGCAGGUACCUACUUGGCCCAUGGCUGGUAACUAUUUGGGCAAUUAGAAAAAAAGAAAAAAACAUAAAAACUAGUGUCUAUUGCUGCUUUGAAUAUGUUUGAAAGUCUGAAAAUGUAAAUAGUUUAUCAAAAAAAAAUCUUGUACAGUCCAGUGUAAAGUUUUUAAAUGACCUUAAGGGUUGCCAUCACAUCUUUCUCACACUCUCCUCUUGAUAAUAAUAAUAAUAAUAAAAAGUUUGCUAAGGAUUAAAGAAAUGGGAAAAAUAAAAAAAAAAUCUCUUCAAAUUUACAGGAAUGAAUCAUUGUUCUUAGCUUUGUUGCAUACACAAACUUCUUGGAUUUUGUUGUGCAGUAUUGAUGUGAGAUAAAGCUCAACAUUGAAUAAUCUUUCAGUGGUACUUUUCAAAGUCUUCCCCUCCUCUGCCUCAUAAUUAAGGGAAAAGACAAAAUUGAAAGACACACUGUCUUUAUCUAUCCUGGUGUAUGUUGGCACCUUAGCUACUUUUUUUUUUUCCUUUUUGCACAAGGUGCUUUCCUGAUAUGUUCAACAUGCCAUCUUUGGGUGAUAAUGUAUAUGCCGUGAUGGGGCUCAGGCCCCUUAGGGGAGUGUCUAUAAGAACUGCCUAUUUAUGCUCAUUUACCUCAAGACUGUCCUCUCUACCCUAAUCUAGUUGUCAUCACUCCAUCUUUUGUACUGCUGUUGACACUUACAAAUUAAAGAUAAAUUUUGUUUUA